CAGCCAGCCAACCACACACAGUCGGACAGACAGCAAAGCUAAAGAGGAACAAGCAGCAAGCAAUUUAUUCACUCAACGAGCAUAACUAUUUUAGGAGAUUAUAUUAAUACUGGAUUUAAUAAGGUCUAAUAAUAACAAAGUGCAUUUUAACAUCAACGUCGCACGUUUUUGUAUCUUUCUUCGUAUGACUACCUAACAGUUAGCUUAGCUUGCUAGCAAGCUGCAAGUGCGGUAACGUUAGUUUGAGAAGAAGCUAGCUAGCGGGUUACACAGGUGCUAGCUAACCAGCUGCCAGAAUGAAUGUCGCAAAAAGUGGUUAUCGGGUCUUUUCUGCCAAUUCUACUGCAGCAUGUACAGAACUAGCCAAGAAGAUAACUGAACGACUAGGAGUUGAAUUGGGCAAGUCGGUGGUCUAUCAAGAGUCCAAUAGAGAGACCAGAGUAGACGUGAAGGAAUCUGUUCGCGGCCAAACUAUCUUCAUCAUCCAGACCAUACCCAGAGAUGUCAACACGGCCAUCAUGGAGCUGCUGGUCAUGGCCUACGCCCUUAAGACCUCCUGUGCAAAGAACAUAAUUGGGGUCAUUCCCUAUUUCCCCUACAGCAAGCAGUGCAAGAUGAGAAAAAGGGGUUCCAUAGUGUGCAAGCUGCUGGCUUCCAUGCUAGCCAAAGCAGGUUUAACUCACAUCAUCACCAUGGACUUACAUCAGAAGGAGAUUCAGGGCUUCUUCAGUUUUCCAGUGGACAACCUGCGUGCCUCCCCCUUCCUGCUUCAGUACAUCCAGGAGGAGGUCCCAGAUUACAGAAACGCCAUUAUUGUUGCAAAGUCACCGUCUGCUGCUAAGAGAGCUCAGUCCUAUGCAGAGCGACUGCGUUUGGGCCUGGCAGUGAUGCAUGGCGAGGCUCAGUGUUCAGAGUCUGACAUGGCGGACGGACGACACUCUCCCCCCUGUGUCCGUAACACCUCAGGACACCCUGGGCUGGAGUUGCCUUCUGGCAGCAAACAACAAGCUCCGUUCCCAGGCAUAGAGCUCCCAAUAAUGAUGGCGAAGGAGAAGCCCCCGAUCACUGUUGUAGGAGAUGUGGGCGGAAGAAUCGCCAUCAUUGUUGAUGACAUCAUCGACGACGUGGAGGACUUUGUGGCGGCAGCUGAGAUUCUGAAGGAGAGAGGAGCUUAUAAGAUCUACAUCAUGGCUACACAUGGGCUGCUGUCUGCCGAUGCCCCCCGUCUUAUUGAGGAGUCCGCCAUCGACGAGGUGGUGGUGACUAACACCGUCCCUCACGAGGUACAGAAGCUCCAGUGUCCCAAGAUCAAGACAGUGGACGUCAGUAUGAUCCUGGCCGAGGCCAUCCGCCGCAUCCACAACGGGGAGUCCAUGGCCUACCUGUUCCGCAACAUCACGGUGGACGACUAGGGCCACAGAGGCAGGGUUGAGUCUGUGCUAGGUGAGGUGUUAGCGUGUAUACCACCGGUUUUCUCCUAUGCUUCCCUCCUCCACAGUGCUAGAAAUGCAUACUGUCCCUGUUGUCUGCACCUUCACACACAGCCUAGUUCCGAUGACUAGGACGAGGGGGAGUACCCUCAUCAUAUUCCCUCUUACAAACCAAUAAAAUGCAUUUUCAUCAGCUUUUAGUGUCCGAAACAUAACAUGGAGUUGCUCAAUAAAAGCGAUAAAAGAAACAAAAAGUUGAGCAAUACUAAAAGGUUGAUUUAACGUGCAUAUUUGUUGUCAGGUCAUUUUUCUUUUUUGCCUUACUAUGCUACGGUCUGGCAAACCGGCAAUGCAUGAAUUACUGUACCUCACCUCCAUGGUAGUUUUGAUGUCUUUUUUAAUUCCUCCAUGCUUCAAGAUAUGAAGGGAUUUGUUAUUUUGUUAGUUCACUGUUCAUUGUUUUUCCCACCUUAGUAAAAGGCGUAGGGUGAGUGUUACGAUGAAAACUAGCUUUCCUUGUCUAGCCCAGGGGUGGGAAAAAUAUAUAUGUAUUUUUUGGGGGGAUUAUUUUGGGUCAAAAACUCCAGGCCACUCUUGAACGUCUGAAGCUAGAUAAAAAGUAUGUAGAUAUUAUAAUGGACUGAUAUUCUUUUUAAACGGCCCCUUUUCUGGCCCACAAAUUGCUUUUGAAAAAAAUCUGUGCGGCCUUCUGAUAAAUGUUGAAAUCCCGAUGUGGCCCUCGAGCCAAAAUGAUUGCUCACCCCUGGUCUAGCCACUGUCAACAUAUCUAAUGAUGGCUUUUUCUUCAGUUCUCCGUUAUGAAGGAGGUUGACCCUAUUUCACUCUUUAAGUAUCUUCCCAAUAACAUCACUUAUUGCUUGAAUCAUUUCCCCCCACACCCCUGGCCCUCCAGGCCUACCGAGCACUGUGACUGCUUUGCAUUUAGAUGCAGGUGUGUUAAUGCAAAACCUACUGAGAACAAAGAUAAAGGAACCCUAGUACAGCAGCUCCCAACCAGUUCUGUGUGACACCUAAGCCUCGUGAAUUCAGGCGGACUCACCAAAUACAUCUAAUAAGACCACAUGUAUUGUCUACCACCACACAUUAGUCCACAGAUUAGGAACUUUUGACCCACCAUGUUUGAAUCCCAAACACUGUCCUAGUCAUUGUUACUGUAUUGGUCCAGUCAGUCAACUGUAACAAAUGUCAUGAUGAUCUGAAUGGAUAUAACCUUUUAUAUUAAAGGGGGAUAUGACAUCCUGACUCUGAAGUAGACUUUCCUAUAUAGUCUUGUUGCUUCUCAUUGGCAUUCAGAAAGACUGAUAAUAUAUGCAUAAUGUGUCCAUGCUGAGGUCAUGGUUUUGAAUAUAGAAAUUGUAAUCGUGACCCUUUACCGUAUGAUGUAUGGAAUUGUGGUGUCAACUUGCUGAUCAGGAGGACUGAGAUCUGUCAUGAUGGAUGCCAUUUAGUGUCCCCUAUGAAAAGAUGUGGACUAAUAGUCAAACUGAUGUUCAAGGGAAGUUGUGUCUGAACCCUCUGUUGGAGCUUUAAGCUCAGGGAGAUUUGUUUCUGAGGCAAAUGCAUAAUGUAUGUGAAGAAAAACCGCUCUUAAUGCUUGUGCCUAUGUCUCUGGUACAGCAAAGUCUGCAAAUGUAAAUGUGUUACAUUCCGUUCGGCAGAACUUUCUCUUUACCAUUCUUUGUUACUUUUGUUGUUGACAUUCGUUCCUUUGUUAUCCUGUAGGAUGUGCUAAUUGUAAACCGCUAACUACCUGUGUGUGGUACAGACAUGAGGAAAGGUCCUUCUUGGAGAGAAAUAGCUGUUGCUAUGCCAACUCAUAUCCAUGUCUUCCGACAGCACAUUGAUUUGUUACUUCACUCUCAUUGUCUGAUCUUGAUGUAGCCUAUUUUAUGAGUUUAUGAUUUAAUCGAAUAAUUGGUGUCUGCAUCCAAUGUUUUGUAAGUUAAAAUAAACCUUUGGCUUCA